AUGACGAUAACCGUAGCAUUACUACCCGCCGCCCAAAGGAAGAGGAAGAGGUCCGCAGCAUCACUGCACGCCGCCCAAAGGAGGCAGAAGGUGCUUCGUCCUCCUCCUCCAGUUGAUAUUGAUAAUAAUUUAAUAGAAUUUGAGAAGAAGAAGGCUGAUCAUCCGUCAAUUGAUAUCGAUAAUAGUAUAAUCGAAUAUGAGAUCUUACCAAGACUUCCAGCCAAGUCCGUAGGUCGUUUCAAGUCCGUUUCCAAACAAUGGAAUUCGUUUUUAUCCACACAUAUGUUUGGAAAGAUGCACCACCUCCGUCACAUUAACAACAAAACAUAUAAGCUUUUGAUACUUGACAAGCCCCUUGUAGAUUUAUGCAGCCAACCCCUCAACAACGGUUCCGUCACCGUCGGUUUUAACCGGCUCGAAGAAGCCGAUCCUAGAUUUGAUUCGCUUUUAGGAAGUUUGGAUGGGUUGGUAUGUGUAGCCUCCACCGAAACCGUCAAUAGUCUAGCUUUAUGGAACCCGUUCACCGGUGCCUACUACAAGUUGCCCCCUAACCCAGACUUUACUCGUCCCUUUAAUUCUUAUAAAAAUUUCCGUUAUCGUGGUCGAGACGCCGUUGGUUUUUAUUCCGACUCUUCCAAUGACUAUAAGCUACUAUAUAUGAUUCCUUUGGAUCAAGAGGCUUAUAUCUAUUCCCAAAGACUGAAUUCAUGGAGAAAGAUUGAAUUCCUGAUCAACCGCUACUCGUUCUUGCGUCGCUACUCGUGGUCGCGGGCAACCUUCUGUGACCACAGUCUUUACUUUUCUGUAAAGAAAUUAGGACUAUCUAAACAUCAAUACAUUAUUUGUUUUGAUGUGAACACGGAAGAAUUCAGGGUAAUACAAUUUCCACCUCUUCCAAAUGAUGCAAGAUGUACGUAUCAUGCAAAUUUCGUGGGUAUCGAUGGAUGCAUUCACUUGUGUGCAGCUUAUGACGUAAGUUUCAAGGGACCCUAUAAUCAGGGAAGUGUGUGGAAGUUGAAUGGUGAUGGCGCGACGUGGGCGGAGGUGGCAUCUUUCCAAGGCACUCAAAAGAAUGUUUCCUACAACCCAAUUGAGCACGCCACAUGCGUGACUAGGAAUGCCCGGAUACUUGGCUUGCGAUUUCGGAUGGUGGUCGUACCAAAUCCAUUUUUGAAGUUGGUCCUAACUCUGACCCUUUUGAAAUAA